AUGAAGGACCUACAUAAUCGGUGCUUCAACGGGCGACUGUGGUUCGUCCGCGACGUCUGCGGCAUGAUCUGUGCCCUUUUUACAUACAUCCUCAUCAUCUUUGCGCAGUACGUCAUCAUCACCGUGAUCAUCGUUCCCGAGCAGAGCGUGCCCACCAAGGUGACCAACUUUGUGAUAUUUGAGUUCUUCACCUUCAUGGCCAUCAGCUCACAUCUGCGGACCAUGUUCACCGAUCCGGGAGCAGUGCCUCGAGGGACGGCCACAAAGGAGGCCAUCGAGCAGCUGGGCCUGAUUGACGGCCAGGUGCUCUACAAGUGCACCAAGUGCUGCUCCAUCAAGCCCGAACGGGCGCACCACUGCUCCGUCUGUCAGCGGUGCAUCAAACGUAUGGACCAUCACUGCCCAUGGAUCAACAACUGCGUCGGCGAAAAUAAUCAAAAGUUUUUCGUACUCUUUACGUUCUACAUUGCCAUCAUAGCAAUACACGCCCUGAUCAUGGUCUUCAACUACUUUAUGGGCUGCAUGAACGACGAGUGGAAAAGUACGUAUCCCCAGCCGGCCCCCGUCAACGUCAUCCUCCUCAUCUGCCUUACCUUCGAGGGCCUCCUCUUCUCCAUCUUCGCCGUCAUCAUGGCCAUUGUCCAGUUUCAGGCCAUCUGGAACGACGAGACGGGCAUUGAGCAGCUGAAGAAGGAGACCGGAAAGCGGAGAAACCGCCGCCAGAUGAAGUCGCUGAGGGCGGUCUUUGGCCUGAAGGGCUUCAGCCUCGCCUGGUUCUCCCCCUUCACCAGGGCCGAGUCGGGGGC